AUGAUCUCUUCUCUGGCUGGUCUCCACAUUUUGUGGGGCCUUGCCUCUGUAUUCUCGAGCCGCUCAUCCAGGAAAUCAGCGUCUCGUGCAGAGGACCUCAACAGCACCAUGGCAGACGGUGAGGGGUACCGGAACCCCACCGAGGUGCAGAUGAGCCAGCUGGUACUGCCCUGCCACACCAACCAUCGCAGCGAGCUGAGUAUCGGGCAACUGCUCAAGUGGAUUGAUACUGCAGCCUGCCUGUCUGCGGAGAGGCAUGCUGGCUGCCCCUGCGUCACAGCCUCGAUGGACGACAUCUAUUUCGAGCACACCAUUAGUGUUGGACACGUGGUGAAUAUCAAGGCCAAGGUGAACCGGGCCUUCAACUCCAGCAUGGAGGUGGGCAUCCAGGUGACUUCUGAGGACCUGUGCUCCGAGAAACAAUGGAGCGUGUGCAAGGCCUUGGCCACCUUUGUGGCCCACCGGGAGCUUUCCAAGGUGAAGCUGAAGCAGACUACACCUCUGACAGAGGAGGAGAAGACUGAGCACAGUGUGGCCGCUGAGCGCCGGCGCAUGCGGCUGGUCUACGCGGAUACCAUCAAGGACCUCCUGGCCAACUGCUCCAUUCAGGAUGAUCUGGAAAGUAGAGACUGCAGUCGCAUGGUGCCGGCCGAGAAGACCCGCGUGGAGAGCGUAGAGCUGGUCCUGCCACCCCACGCCAAUCACCAGGGUAACACCUUUGGGGGCCAGAUCAUGGCCUGGAUGGAGAACGUGGCCACCAUUGCAGCCAGCCGUCUCUGUCGUGCCCACCCUACACUGAAGGCCAUCGAGAUGUUCCACUUCCGGGGCCCGUCCCAGGUUGGGGACCGCCUGGUGCUCAAGGCUAUUGUGAACAAUGCUUUCAAGCACAGCAUGGAGGUGGGUGUGUGCGUGGAGGCCUACCGCCAGGGUGCCGAGACCCACCGGCAGCACAUCAACAGUGCCUUCAUGACCUUCGUUGUCCUUGAUGCAGAUGACCAGCCCCAGACGCUGCCCCUUAUUCGGCCCCAGCCUGGGGAUGGUGAGCGGCGGUACCGGGAGGCCAGUGCCAGGAAGAAGAUCCGCCUGGACAGGAAGUACAUUGUAUCCUGUAAACAGGCAGAAAUGCCCCUCUCUGUCCCCUGGGACCCCAGUAACCAGGUGUAUCUGAGCUACAACAAUGUCUCCUCCUUGAAGAUGCUUGUGGCCAAGGACAGCUGGACACUGUCCUUGGAGAUCAACCAGGUGCGUCUCUAUAUCCUGGAGGACGACAAGUUCCUUUCCUUCCAUGUGGAAAUGGUGGUGCAUGUGGAUGCAGCCCAGGCCUUCCAGCUGCUCUCCGACCUGCCCCGGAGGCCCGAGUGGGACAAGCACUAUCGGAGUGUGGAGCUAGUGCAGCAGGUGGAUGAGGAUGAUGCCAUCUACCAUGUCAUCAGCCCAGCGCUCAGCAGUGACACCAAGCCCCAGGACUUUGUGAUCCUGGCUUCGAGGCGGAAACCUUGGGACAACAGAGACCCAUAUGUCAUUGCGCUGAGGUCAGUCACACUGCCUACACACUGCGAGACGCCAGAGUACAAGCGCGGGGAGACCCUCUGCUCAGGCUUCUGCCUCUGGUGCGAAGGCGACCAGCUGACCAGGGUGUCCUACUACAACCAGGCCACCACAGGCUUUCUCAACCUCGUGACCACCAAUGUGGCUGGCCUCUCCUCUGAGUUCUACACUACCUUUAAGGCCUGCGAGCAAUUCCUCUUGGACAACCGUAGUGACUUGGUGGCCCCCAGCCUCCAGACCCUCUAG